AUGCCUCGCCCAGCUCAUCCUCCUACCCCGGCUUCAUCAACAGAAAUCAAGGGAAAAGAUGGUUCGAAUUACUCUUCACUACAGAUGUCAUUUGAACUUCCUCCUCCUGCUGUAGCAGGAGUGGAAUCUCGACCAACCAGUUCCUCUACCCAAGCAUCAUCUGCCUCCUCAUAUCAACCCGCUUCCCCAAUCUCUCCAGCCAUACCUGCUAGUGAAGCUGUUAAGCUUCGUCGAAGACCGGUUACACAAACCACUGCGAAAGAUUCCUUCGCACUACCGCCUCCGCCUACUCGAUCCCGAAAGAUUAUACAAAUGAAACCUCGAGGGCAGAGUGAUGAGAUCAUGAAUACACCCGCAGAGAAUACGAAGUCUGGUGGGAAACCUACCUCGAAUGCGCCCAAAAAGAAGCAACCCUCUUCAACAAGUGUGGCUGGACGAAAGAUUGCAAGGAAAACUGCACACAGCUUGAUUGAGCGUCGUAGGAGGUCAAAGAUGAAUGAGGAAUUUGGUGUAUUGAAAGACAUGAUACCAGCUUGCACGGGAGAAAUGCAUAAGUUAGCAAUUCUGCAAGCAUCUAUCGAUUACGUGAGAUACCUCGAAGAUUGUGUCUCCAAGCUGAAGGCCGAGAAUUCUCGGGGUAACUUCUCCACAGCCACAGAAGAAUUUACGUUACCGCCAUCAGCACAUCGUGGGAGUUAUGAUCCAUCCAGACAUGAAUUUUCCACACGUGAAUCAGAAGAAGAUAUAGAAAUGGCUGGUUCAGAAAACCCAUCUACCAAUUACACCACACCUACACCCCCAUCGCAACAAACAUCGCCCGCUAUGCUCCCACAAGAUUCCCGUCAAAGGCAGGAUUCAUAUUCCUCGUACUCAACAGAUUCUCGUCAUUAUAGUAUCAGUACCUCAUCAACCACAUCUCCCGCUUUAGGCGCUUCAGUCUAUGAUUAUGCUCGGAGUAUUGCGUCGAUAGGAUCGGCGCUCACGAGUCCUGCUCUCAUACCGCAAAGAGAUCAAAGGGAUAUAGAUGAGGAAGCAAGUGCGGCGUUAUUAAUGCUUAAUUCAGAUCGCAGGGGCACGAGUUUUAGUGGAGUUCGAGGAAUGAGUGUUAAGGAUCUACUGAGUUCUUGA